AUGCGCUUUUCUUCCCUCGGCCUCGCCCUCGCGGGCAUGGCUGCCGCCGUCUCGGCGCUCGACCCCAUCGCGGUUGUCGGCAACAAGUUCUUCAACAAGGAUGGCUCUCAGUUCUUCCUCAAGGGUGUCGCAUACCAACUUCGCCCCCUUGACCCUCUCAUUGACACGGACCAGUGUCAACGAGAUGCAAAUCUCAUGAAAGAGCUCGGCGUCAACAGCAUCCGUGUCUACCACGUCGAUGCCUCUGCUGACCAUGAUGGCUGCAUGAAGGCUUUUGAUGAUGCCGGGAUAUAUCUUCUUAUCGAUCUCGACACCUUCGGCACUUACGUCGUUCCUACAGACCUGCACUGGAACCAGACGCAGUACGAUUCGUACGCGGCCGUCAUGGACACUUUCCAAAAAUACAACAACGUCCUUGGAUUUUUUGUCGGCAACGAGAACAUCGCCAAGAAGGAGGACUCGGUCGCCGCUCCCUUUAUCAAGGCCGCUGCGCGCGAUAUGAAGGUGUAUCGCGAUAAGAAGAACUACCGCAAGAUCCCCAUUGGCUACUCUGCUGCCGACAUUGUCGAGCUUCGCCCUAUGCUCCAAAACUAUCUCACUUGCGGAGGAGACUCAGCCGACAUUAUCGACUUCUUUGCUCUCAACUCGUACUCGUGGUGUGAUCCUGCCGAUUACAAGACCUCAACUUACAAUCAGCUCGAGACCUAUGCCAAGGACUUCCCUGUUCCCAUCUUUUUCUCAGAGACUGGUUGCAACACGCCCGGCCCUCGCCUCUUUGCCGACCAGGACGCCAUAUUUGGUAAGGACAUGAUCAACGACUGGAGCGGCUCCAUUAUCUACGAAUGGAUUGAGGAAGAGAACCAUUACGGCCUUAUUAGCUACGGCCCUGCUGGUGGCGACGCAUCUAAUACUGAUGUUGAAGGAGGGUUUACCCGCAAGGGCACUCCUACUCCCGUUAGCCCUGACUUUAACAACCUCAAGAGCAAAUGGGCCACCAUCACGCCCACGGGCGUUCACAAGUCAGAUGUUGACCCCAAGACACUCACAACUCCUGCUUGUCCUACUUCGACUAACGGGGGAUGGUGGGCCAUUGAAGGAAACGUUCGCGUCCCUUCCCUCGGAGAGUCCUUGUCGGGAUCGUUCACGUCUGUGCCAAGCGCUACUGUCGACAGCCAGCCACAGAGUACUGACAAGGCCAAAGAUGGCAAAGAUGAUGGCAAAAGUGAUGACAAAGACAAGGACCAGGGCAAAAAUUCCGCUUCCAAGGACAUGCAAAUCACCAUGCUCGGAUCCAGCGUUGCGGUUGUCCUUCUGUUUGCCGUUGUGGCGUUGUAA